AGGCUGCAGCCUUCAAAGACCAGUCUUGCCUUCAUUCGUCACUCCACCGCUAGAGGCGCCACACAGCCGUCAGUACAUCAUCCUACGGCUAGAGGCGCUGCAGCACAAGCGCGCACCCGACGCGCGCUCCUCUACCUCUCCUCACGGCAUUCCACAGCUGAUGAUGAGAGAGAGGGAGAUGCUACGGAAAUGUUUUCCCUCACGGGUCUGUGAGCCGCAGCAAACAACAGAAUGCAGGUGAAAUAUCCCACAGGAAGAGCGUGGAUCAGAUGAUGGCAGUUCACCAGGAUGGCCAGAUAUCAUCACAAAGUGUACAGUAGCUCAAAUGACAAAAUUUUAGGACUGUUAAAGUAAAACGUCAACGUCUGCAAAUGGAUGUGUCUUCCUCCAGAGCUCAAUAUAUUGAAGACGUCUCCACUUUCGAGCUGCAUUUCCAAACAGUACAAAUCAUAUAGAUGACGUCAGACUUCAAUGUGUCCAUUUAGAAAACUGUGAACUUUUGACACAUUUCUAACGGUUUAACCAGUAUAACCAUAAAAAGUCUUGAGUAUUCUUGGACUGUUUAAGAGCUCAAGAUGUUUACCGCUCUAAAGAAGCUGGUCGGCUCUGAAGCUGUGCAGCUCAGGGAUAGAAAUAUUCCUGCAGGCCUGCAGUCCAUGAAUCAGAGUCUACAGAGACGCUUCGCCAAGGGCGUACAAUACAACAUGAAAAUAGUGAUCCGUGGAGACAGGAACACAGGAAAAAGUGCCCUUUGGCACCGACUGCAAGGGAAAAAGUUUUUGGAGGAGUACAUUCCCACCCAAGAGAUUCAGGUUACCAGCAUUCACUGGAACUACAAAACAACAGAUGAUGUUGUGAAGGUUGAAGUCUGGGAUGUGGUUGAUAAAGGGAAAGGGAAAUGGCGUGGAGAGAAUCUGAAACUUGAAAAUGAACCUCAAGAGUCAGAUACAGAGCUGGCUCUUGAUGCAGAGUUCCUGGACGUCUACAAGAACUGUAAUGGUGUGAUCAUGAUGUUUGACAUCACUAAACAGUGGACAUUCAACUACAUCCUUCGGGAGCUACCAAAAGUGCCAACACACAUCCCAGUUUGUGUACUGGGAAACCAGCGCGACAUGGGUGAACACAGAGUUAUCUUACCUGAUGACAUCAAAGACUUUAUCAACAGUCUUAACAGACCUCCAGGCUCCUCCCACAUCCACUAUGCAGAGUCCUCCAUGAAGAAUGGCUUUGGUCUGAAAAACCUCCAUCGCUUCUUCAACAUACCCUUCCUUCAGCUGCAGAGGGAAACUUUGUUACGACAAUUAGAGACAAAUCAACUUGACAUUGAUGCCACACUGGAGGAGCUUAGCGUUCAACAGGAGACAGAAGACCAAAACUAUGACAUAUUUCUUGAAGUGAUGGAGACUCGUAAAGCGUAUGGCUCUCCAGCACCCUCUAAUGGUCAGAGUCCGUCCUCGGGUUCCCAGUCACCUGUGGUGCUGCCAGGAGCCGCCUCACCCAAUAACUCCAGCCCCAGUACUCCACAGGCCCCUCCCACCGGCCAGACCCAAUCUGCACCUCCACCUCUUGCAUCUAUACCCCACCCUGCUGCCCAGACAUCAGCCGUUCAUCUACCACCGACCCAGACGCCAUCACAAACCCAAGAGCCUCCUGCCGCUGCACCGGUACCCACUGCAGCUCCAGCAGCACCUCCUGUACAGAAACGAGGAUUCAUGUCACGUCUGUUUGGAUCCUCCACAGCAGAGACCUCACCAGACAAAUCAGAUACUUUAGGUUCUGAUGGCCCUAAGCCUUCUGGAAAUGUUCAAAGCGUGGAUGAUUUUGUGCCGGAUGUCAGCUUGCAGCGAAGCUUUCUGGAAGAUGGUGGAACAUCAGCGGUUAAAUCAAAGAGCAAACCUACAGGAUCUGCUCCAAUCCUGGAUAGUGACAGUGAUGGAGAAGGACGGGGAAAUCCUUUGGUUUCAGGUUUCCAGGAUGAUUUAGAUCCAGAUGACCGAGCACCGUGUCAACCUGCUGUUAAAGCGGCUGUGCCGAGCAUCGGUGUCACCCUCACAAGUGAUGAAGAGGAGGAAGAUUCAUCUCUACCGUCAGCUGCCCACAACAUCACACUGAACACAAAGAGAUCUUUAGUGAACUCAGUCAGAGAGCAGCAAACCUGGUCAAAAGCAGCCGAGAGAUCCCAAAACAUGAGACCUGCGCUGCGGCCACUCGGUCAGAAGAUAGGGGGCGCUGACUCUGAUUCAGAUCAUGAGGCUCCUGGCGCUAAGCAGAUGCUGUCAUUUGUCAUGGAUGACCCAGACUUUGAAAGCGAAGAGAUUUUACCCAAAAUCAAGAAGGAGGCUUUUCCAGCACCAGAUGAUGAACUUGAUGGAUCUGAUGAUGGUUUUGUGUUAACUGGACUUCCAGAGCCGCACAAACCGGCUGGUUCCUCCUUCAAAGGUCUCAACAGUGACAUUGAUCUCUUUGGUCUGGGGUUUGAAGAUACGACGCCUAAGAGCAAAGACAGCAGUGAAGACCCAGAUGAGAACGAGAGCAGACACUCCACCAAAGACAAGAAGAAGAAGAAAAAGAAAAGCAAAGAGGAGGAUGAAAAAAGCAGCAAGAAACGACACAAACACAAGAAAAAGGAAAAAGAAGAGUCUGGAACAGGGGAUGAGAAAGAAAAGAAGAAGAAGAAAUCAAAGAGCAAGAAAUCAGGAACUGUGGAUGAUCUGGAGGCGUUCCUCGCCGGGGACGGGCCGGUAAACAGUGAGGGCGGAGACUAUGAAGAACUCUAGAACUUCAACUAACCAAUCAGGGUUUGACAUCAUCACUGACUGUGUGACAUCAUCAGGUCCAUUCAUACAUAGCACUUUUGUUUUGCAGUGCCUAACCUUGGCAGCGUUUUUGUUCUUCCAGCAUCACAGCUUUAGGUUGGGAUUUGGUGGCACAUUGGUUCACCUCACACCGUCUCCGUUGACCUAAAACUAAAGAUCUGUUUGUUAUGAAGAGAUAGAUUUCAUCUGCUGCUCCAGAGUUAUUACCUGAAACAAACAGAAACUGAGCUCUUUCACAAGACUUAAUGAGGUUUGAGAAAGUUUAGCUUUAGUUUAGUGUGUCUAUAUGUGUGUUGUGUGAUUGCAUGCACGGAUGAUUGGAUGUCUUUCAAAUGUCUAAAGUGGAUAUUCACACAAAUCUUCCACAUCCGGCCUUAUUCGUCAAACACAAGCUGAAGGAUUAUUUUUAUUAUAAAGGCAUUCUUCUGGAAGUGAGCUAAUAACCAAUAAUUUACCCACAAAAAGAGUUUAUUAUGAGUGUGUGUGUUUGAAUAAUAUCUGAGUUUUGUUCAAUCAUUGGCAGAUGAAUGCUUUUAUGUGUUUUAUGAAUCAGAGUCACAUGAUGCUUAAUGUCUCUGAAGUCCUUUAGGCUGUCAAAUCAGUCAAUACUUUACAUAACUAGAUUCAAUUAUUGUCUAAUAAUACCAAUCAGAACGAAAGCCUUUCGACUAACCAAGUCAUACAUGAUGUCAUACCUCAUUUCACACUAAAAACAUUUUAAACAAUGUUUCUGAUUUUGACAGAAUUGGUCAAUAUGUGGAUUUCUGUAGCUAUGUGUAGAUGUGUCGUGUGAAGUGUUUUAGAUGUGGACCAUCAGCUAAUCUUCCUCCUUCAUCAUCAUCAUCAAUGAACUCCAGGUAAUUUACAAAUGAAAGUCAACUGUUUUAAACUCUUUUCAUUCAGUAACACUGCACUAUAGCCGACCUAAACAACAAAACAUAAACUAUAGCUGUACAUUUGUAAAACAUGUGAUUGUGAAAAUAGCAUCAUAUUUUGACCAAACACAUUUCUACUAUGUAAUAUUUUGAAAGAUAUUUUGGCCUCACAUCUAUUGAUGAAUGAAACGAUAAAGACAAAUGAUUGUUUCCUCUUAAUGAGACUCGUUUGUGUAACACAUUUAUGUGUAAUAAUGUUCAGAAAGAGUUUUAUUCUGCUGAUGUUUCAUAAAUGAGAAUCUGUGUUUACUAACUAGGAUUACAAAUGGUGAAAAGUUUUCGGUAAAUUUCCCGGAGACCUUUCGUGGGAACUUAAUCUGGGGAAUUUUGGAAAUAUUCCAGAUUGGAAACUUAACGGAAAUUAUUUGGAAAUGAAUAUAAACUCUAUUAUAUACAAACAUAAAUGAACAUUUAGUUUGGUCAUAAGCAGACAUGCAUGCAAGGUAAUAAAAGAAUCCUAAUACUUAAGCUCAUCAAGCGCUUUAUUUAUUUGAUCAAAAAUCCUUCUUAUAUAAAUUUAAUCUGAAACAUUUUUUAUCAAAUAAAUGCAGCCUUGAUGAGCAUAAGAGACUUCUUUCAAAAACAUAAAAAAUACUAAGGUGUCCAAACUUAUGUUUGUCUUAUCAGUGGUAUAAUGUUGUUGUACACUAGCUUACACACAGCACAAGGGCGUUUUACAUUUAUUUAUGUAAUUUACAUGAAUACAUGCAAAGAUGAACAUUUUGACAUUAUUUUGUGUGCAGAAUUUAAGAAAUGAUCUGUUUGUGUUAUGGAUGAAUGCAAGUACAUGCAGGGGGUGUGGCCUCAAUGCUCCUUCAGUAAGCAGUGUUCUGUGUGUAUGUGACUGAGGGAUGAGCAGGGGAGAAAUUCAAAUGACCAUUACCAUAUGUUCCCAUUAAUUACUGUAUAUUUCCGUUAAUUCCCAUAUGUUCCCGUUAAUUCCCAUAUGUUCCCGUUAAUUCCCAUAUGUUCCCAUUAAUUACUGUAUAUUUCCGUUAAUUCCCAUAUGUUCCCGUUAAUUCCCAUAUGUUCCCGUUAAUUCCCAUAUGUUCUCGUUAAUUACUGUAUAUUUCCGUUAUUCCCAUAUGUUCCCGUUAAUUCUCGUAUAUUUCUGUUAAUUCCCAUAUGUUCCCGUUAAUUACUGUAUAUUUCCAUUAAUUCCUGUAUAUUUCCGUUAAUUCCCAUAUGUUCUCGUUAAUUACUGUAUAUUUCCGUUAUUUCCAUAUGUUCCCGUUAAUUCUCGUAUAUUUCUGUUAAUUCCCAUAUGUUCCCUUUGAUUCCUGUAUAUUUCCGUUAAUUCCUGUAUAUAUGUUCACGUUAAUUCUUGUAUAUUUCCGUUAAUUCCCAUAUGUUCCUGUUAAUUCCUGUAUAUUUCCGUUAAUUCCCAUAUGUUCCCGUUAAUUCUUAUAUAUUUCUGUUAAUCCCCAUAUAUUACCAUUAAUUCCCAUGGAAAGUUUCCAGCCUUGAAAAUUCCUGGAAUUUUGCAACCCUACUUAUGACUGUACCUUUUAAGAUUUUAACCCGUUUUCACAUGUUGAAUAACCAAAUCUUUUGGGUUUCAGUCUUUUGUUUUUGUCACCUUCAUCUUACUCUAGCAUUGUCCUUUAACACUGUAAGUUCUCUUAUAAAUGAUGUGAAUCUGAGAUGUUUUGUUUGAUGAAGUGCACGCAUUAUUACUUUCUGCCUCCAAAAAAAGACCUGUUUUAAAGGGUACUGUAAUUUUGGCAUCAUGGAUAACCCUUAAACUUCUGAUAGUUUUUCCCCCAUGUGUUGAUUGAUUGGCUCACAGCUUUCCCUCUGAUGCUGUACACCUUCACCCUGACAACUGUGAAUGUUUAUGUCUGCCAUCCCAGAAUCCUCCAAGUGUGUUUGAUUCCUAAGGAACUGAGACGAUUCAGUCCUGUGGGACAUUAAAGACCUGCAGAUGCCCAAUGAUUCCCGUGUGUCUUCAUCGACCAUCACGUGGGUCUGUGCAAAUCAAGCAUGCUGUCAGCCCCACGCGUGACACUGAGAGCAUGAAAUACAUCUCGCUGUCACUAUGGAAACACACGGCUGGGAGAAUCGUCUCCACACGCUCACUGUGAUGAUCACAAUCUCCAGGAUGAACGACUACACUGUUGACUACACUCAACCCAAACCAGCGUAAAGAUCACCACCUUGAACUCUUCCUCUUAUACUCUUCCUCACGUACCGUUAACUCUAAAUGGCCCUUGAUUUAUCUUCAUUUUAUCUUUGUUUAAGAAAGAGAGACUGGCACUGAUGCUGGAUCUGAACAUACAUCAGCGUUACACCGCAUUUACUUUUAUGAACCUCAUCUGACAUCCUAAAAAUAUGUGGAUGCGCUACUUUUAAACCUUAUAUCAGUUUGGUUUUAUUUAUCCCAAAGCCUUUGUUUAUGUAACCUUUUUAUGGUUGCCUUUUCAUUUUUUUGUCACCUGUUUCCCUACCCGCUGUCUUUAUUUUGAUUUGUGUUUCAAUUGUAUAAUAAAUGCAAGAAAAAUUUGA